AUGUCCCAUGCCCUCCCCGAAGUCCAACUACCGCCAUACCCUAUCGCAAUCAGACCCGAAAGCAUCACCCGACAUGAAGUGAUAGUGACCGUGACCAACCGCCCGGAGCCAUGGCACUCCCUCGACUACUCCAUCGAACAUGCCGGAACCGAACUCUUCACCGUCCGCGGCCAGCCCUGGAAGGUCAGCCAGGCACGCAUGUUCCACGACCGCUCGGGGCUCCCCCUCUUCGAGCUCCGGUGCCAAUGGUACGACUCCUCGUCGCUGUGUCUCCGCCUCCCCGGCGGGGACCAGUGUAUCCUCGAAGCAAAGUUGCGGGUUGCGAUGAACGCGCCCAGGGCGGUUGUCACGUUCCAGAAUGCGGCGCAGCAGCCGAGGCCAGCGCAAAGCGAGGAGAUUGUGUUGGAGGUGCAUGCGCAGGACCUGUAUAAUAUCCUCCAGGUGGUGGUGGUUCAGAAUCGCAACGUGGCGUACAUCCAUCGGAUAACGGAUCGGAGUGUCCUCGCCGAGGGACAACGGCCGCCGUUCCGUUUCAGACCCAAGUGGACGGUUCGAGUUGCGGAGGGGGUGGAUCUAUCGCUGAUAGCGGUUGUGGUGGUCAUUGUUGGCCAACGAGCCGGGUUGGAUGUAGGGAACGGUUGA